CAGUGGUUUUAGCAAUCGUAAAUUGCCAGCCAGUUGUUAUGGCACAUCUGUGCAUCCAAAGCUCCCACUGUGAAUGAAAUGUCUUGUUCCAGCUGAGCACAGAAAACUCUGCAGCAUAUUUUCGUCUGGAAGAACCCCAUACAAACUCAAGGAAAUUACAUCGUUCUGUCCUUAGACUUAAAUUUUCUUUACAACCCUUACUUUUUUCACUUUAUUCUGCAACUGCGUCCCUGCUUAGCAAACAAAACCUUCUGCAGACUACUACAUGGUUUGGAGCUCGACUUUUCACAGCAUGCAAACCUCCCUCUUGGGACUUUUGUGUGCAAUCUACGCAGUUUCCUUACAGCUGCUUUGGUCACACACUUUGUUUUAUCUCUUUGUCAGUCUCAAGACGGAACGUCUCGCUCGUCUUACAACAUUUGGUGCCUGCUGUUUGAUGCCACCUCCCUUCCCCCGCUGCCAGAGGGUGAGAAGAUGCCAGAACGAAGACGAUUAAGCUUUGAGCUACCAUGGUAUGCACUAGUGGAUGGAUGAGUAUAUUGCUACUGUAAAUGAACAGUCUCUGCAGACUUUUUUUUCUUUUACCCUGCGGUUGCACUACUAUUCCCCUGAGUGUUGGUGAGAUGCCAAGUGUUGUGCCAUGUUUGCGCUGCACCACACUUGCACAGCUCAGCUGGAGGAUGGCUGCGAGGGCUCUGCUUCAGCGCGUGCACUCGUGUUACCGGCUGACAUUGUAACAUUGUAACGCUUUAGGGCUCCUAUUAGGACAGACAGGAAGGAGGCGCACUCCUCUCAUCUAAGAUGAAUAGACCACUGCCGAGCUCAGACUGUAGCAAGACUUCCAAGAGUGACAACCGGGAUGUUUACAAGCUCAUGCAUGCAAGCUCUAGGAUAUCAUGUCAAUAAAUGACCUUUGUGGAAUCGCAUGUUUUUGAAGUCUUCUAAAAGUUGUAAAUAUCUGGGCCGUUGUCAUUACAAAAAGGAGGCAUCUGUUUGCCCUGUCUCUAACAAAAAUGAAAAACUUUUUUCUGUUUUAUUGAAAUACUAAGGUGGAAGUUCUUUCGUGGGGAUCAGACCAUCUUUUGCUGAAUCAAUGCCACCGGGUAUUUCCAGCGGAUUUAAACCAGGGCUGAAUUUUUAACCCCCCAAAUCAUAAGUAGUAUGGUUUCCAAUUUGCGCAGUUUAUUCUCCCACCAGGAUUGCAACCCAUGGGAUGUGGCACCCCGAGAGCUUGCGCCAGUCUAGGACUUCUGAAGUCGCAGCCCAAAGUGCCCUUGCUGCUCACCAUGAUAUUUUUCUUCACUUAUUUUUUCUACUGUCUGACAGGGCACUGUGAACCUCUGCCAGCUCCCCUUUACCUCAGACAACAGCCUGGCGAGUUAAGAUUGCGACCGCAGACAGGUAAAGAAUUCCUGUUGCCAGUCAUCAAGGGACUCCCAGGAUCUAGCCGUCUACCUAUCUCUGGCACCCAGUUCCCUGAACCUAUAAGCCCCGGGGAUGGAAACAGCAGACAGGAAGAAGAGGAGGAGGAUUCCACCAGCAGUAUGUCCGUAUCCAACAAUUUUGGAAGCAAAAAAUUCCCACAGGCUGUCAUCAUCGGGGUGAAGAAAGGUGGCACCAGGGCUCUCCUGGAGUUCUUGAGGAUCCAUCCUGAUGUUAGAGCUGUUGGAGCAGAACCGCAUUUUUUUGACAGGUUUUACGAUAGAGGGUUCGAGUGGUACAGGAAUCUAAUGCCCAGAACUCUUGAUGGACAGAUAACCAUGGAGAAAACUCCCAGUUACUUUGUUACCAAGGAGGCUCCACAACGUAUCUAUAAUAUGUCAAAGGACACCAAGCUGAUAGCAGUGGUUCGAAACCCAGUGACCAGAGCCAUCUCAGACUACACACAGACACUGACCAAAAAUCCUGCCAUUCCAAGUUUUCAAGACCUUGUCUUCAAAAAUAUCAGCACAGGCCUUAUAGACACGUCAUGGAGUGCCAUUCGUAUUGGUAUUUAUUCUAAACAUUUAGAAAACUGGCUUCAGUAUUUCCCUUUAUCAAAGUUUCUCUUUGUAAGUGGGGAAAGACUUGUGUCUGACCCGUCUGGAGAAAUGGAUCGUGUGCAGAAUUUUCUGGGCCUCAAAAGUGUCAUUACAGAUAAACAUUUCUAUUUCAAUGAGACUAAAGGAUUCCCUUGUCUCAAAAAGCCAGAGGGAAGCAGCAGACCGAGGUGUUUGGGAAAGUCAAAAGGAAGGACUCAUCCAAAAAUCAGUGACGAUGUCGUUCAGCGCCUGCAGGAGUUCUACAGACCAUUCAAUAUGAAGUUUUACCAAAUGACAGGGCAAGACUUCGGAUGGGACUGAAGUAUUUAAUGACAUUUAUUCAACAUUUAUGGCUGCCAUUUUUUUCUGGAACUUCAAGAGGACAGCUGCUCCAAAAAAAUGGGCAUAUUUUGAAAACGUUAGCUUUAUAUAUAUAUUGCAACAGCUGACCAGUAUUGCCUCAAUAAAGGAAAUAUUUGGAAUAUAUUUUUCUUAGCUGAACUUU